AUGCGCGCCAUGCGCGAGGGCCGCACGAUCAUCGAGGCGCUCGUGACGGCGCCGGAGAGCGGCGACACGUCCGCUGCGAUGGACAACGCGAAGAACCCCGCCCUGUAUAUCACCCUCCGACCCGCGUACCCCAAGGCGCCGGCGCUGGCGGCGCGCAGGGUCCUCUUGAGCGACCUCCCGGGCUUCCCCGGGCAGUCUGCUGUCGUCGCGAUCACGUACGACCACGUCUACCCGGACGUCGUGCCGGACGACGCCUCGGAGAAGGACGCACUGAUUGAUCAGAUCUGCCGCGCGGGCAUGAUCGUGUCGGCGCGGCUCGACACGGACGGCGACGCGGGCACGCGGUCGGAGUACGACCUCGUCGGGCGCGUCACGGCGCCGGGGGGGGAGUGCGGGGGGGAGUCUCCUGAGGUCAACCUGCGCGGACGCGGGCCGGCGGGGCGGUUCUUCGUCCGGCAGCUCGGCGGCGCGUAA